AGGUAUGGGAUAUGUGGAGAUAUGCAAACAAGAAGACUUACAUUGAACCGUAUAUUGAUGACGAGGACAAAAUCAGAACAAACCCUCCUCCAGAAUUUUAUGGCGAAGAUUGGAAUUAUUUGCUUGACAAUCACUACUUCACGUCUGAAUUUAAGAAAAGAAGUAAGACCAACGCUGACAACAGAAAGAAAUUGAUGUACCCCCACCAUACCGGCAGCAAACCAUUUUCGCAGAAAGAACGAGAUAUGGAGAGGGAGAUGGGACACCCCCCUAGUCAAGUAGAGUUCUUUCUACAAACACACACUAGGAGAGCGACUGCCGAUGAUCCGACUCCCACGCCUUCUCUGCUCUCUGUGAUGCGUGAACGGCUAGACACGAAUCCUAAUUUGUCGUCGCUCGAGGUGUUUGAGUCUGCUUUAGGACGACAGGGACACGGGAGGGUGACAGGGAUGGGAUCGGGUAUACGUCCCACUCACUUCAGCCCGAUCAAAGGGGAAGUUCUUCUUCAAGCGUCAACGCGCGUGUGUCACAACAAACGCUGA